AUGGGAAACCGCCAUUCUCAGAUAAAGAAAUCUCCUUACGAGAUUUUGGAUCUAUCCCCAAUAUCCACAAAGAGAGAGAUCAAGGACCGCUACAAAACCCUUAUUCUCGAGGUUCAUCCAGAUGUGCAAAAGGUUCAUUCUUCUCAAGCAUCCAAGGAGGCGGUUGAAAUAAUGGAAGCAUACAGAUCUAUUAUGAAGUCCCCUCCGAGGUUUGAGUUCUACAAUGAGGAACUUUUUAGGAAAGACCUCAGAAAAUACGCCGAGGAUUUCUUUGAAAGAGUGAGUGACUACUGUGGAAUACCAAGUGCUCCGAAGUUCGGUGAUCCAGACUUUGAAAGAUUCUACCAGGUAUUUAGCAACUUUCGAACACAAAAAACAUUUGAGACCGAAGAGGAGAAAAGCGAGUUCUGCAGAAAUGUUAGGAGAAUAGCGAGGGUCGUCAGGAGUCUGGAUAAGAGAGCGAAUGUCGAGAGUCUCUCUAUUGAGGUCUAUCAACCCUCUCCUAAAGCAAAGGAAAAGAAGAUAAAGACCUAUCCGUUCAGCUGUAGUCAUUGUGAUAAAGGAUUCCAUUCUCGGAACCAGGUUAUAAACCAUUUUCGAAGUAAAAAGCAUUUUGAAAAGGUGAGCCUGGUUUCCGAAACACCCAAGGAAUAUGUAGAAAAUCAAAUACAAGAAAUUGCAGAGGAAGACUUCUCCGAACCAGUCUGUGAGCCCUGUGUAGACCAAAUUCCAGAGAAUGCCGAAAGACACUGCGCUGAGGAGCAGGAAACUCCCAAAAAGCCCACGGGAAGGCAAGAACCUGUUCCCUUUAGAACAUGUGCAGAAUGUAAAAUUGUGUUCGGAGGGAGGGCCGAGUUGCUCAUGCAUCUAAAAACUGCACACAAGAAUCCUGAGAAUAGAAUUUAA